AUGGCAUCACAUUCAGUUCAUCAUUUAGAAUUUGAGAGAAGCAUAAAGGUCAUAGCAGAUUCUUCAAAUCUGGAAGUCGACCCUUCCAAAUUCAACAUUGCUAAUGACUACACAGCUUUAUCAUGUGAUUCACUCCCUCACCUCGAUUUCUCCUCCCUUAUCUCCGGCAAUCCUCACCAACGCACCAAAUCCAUUCAAGAUGUCGCGGAAGCAUGUCGAGUUUGGGGCUUUUUCAUCCUUGUGAAUCACGGGAUACCAGAAAGCUUAAUGAAGGACGCCAUUGCAGCUGUGAGAGAGUUCUUCGAUUUGCCAGAUUCUGAGAAGAAGCUUUACAAAGCAAAAGUUGUGUUAGAUCUGAUUCAAUGCGGGAAUUUCACCAUUGCAAACACUUCUGUUAAAUGCUUCACUUUAUGGAGAGAUUACCUCAAGCUCUGUGUCCAUCCCGACUUUCACUGCCCUCACCAUCCACAACUAUUGAGGGAAGUUGUGAUGGAUUACGGUGAAAGAAUCCGAAAUUUGUUUAUAAAGCUGAUGGAAGCUGCUUCGGAAUCUCUGGAAUUGGAUAAACAUUAUGUGGAUGAAGCUUUGAAGAUUGAUUCCAUGGCACAAAUAUUUGUUGGGAAUUACUAUCCUCCAUGCCCUCAGCCUGAUCAAGCAGUUGGCAUCCCACCGCAUACCGAUUCAGGUUUGAUGACAUUUCUGAUAAAUAAUGGAGUUGAGGGUCUACAAAUUGAGCAUGAUGGCAAAUGGUUCAACGUCCAAUCUCCUCCUAAUUCCAUUUUGGUUAAUGUAGAUGACCACCUUGAGAUAUUUACGAAUGGAAGGUUUAAAUCUCUAAAGCAUAGAGCUGUGGUGAAUAAGGAGAGAGAAUUUUAA